GGAUGUGUUAAACUGGAGUCUGGUACAACUGGUGUUGAGAAGCCUGGAUUUGAGGCUUGGUUAAGUUGCAAAGGGAUAUUCUCAGAUAAAGGGAAUUGAUUAUCAAGAUGUGUUCUCACCCAUCGUGAGACAUGUAUUUGUGAGGUUUUCUGCUACAGAGAACUUUGACUUUGAGCAACUUGGUGUAAACCGGCCUUUCUUCAUGGAGUAUUUGAAGAAUGGAUUUACAUGAAGCAACCAGGAGGAUUUCAGCUUGAUGGAAGAGAAGAUCACGUGUCUCUACUUCAUAAGAGGAGUAUGUCAACACCUGCUGGUGUACACUUCAGAGCGUCUGCUGUAGUAGAUGAUGAAGCAGAUAUGUAUGGAUGAUAUUCCAUGUACAAGGAGUGAUCUGUUAUAUGGGUUGGUUAGCAGGUUUAUUAGUAAGCCUGGGAUGGUUCAUUAGACUGCGUGGGAGUUGAGAUAUCUCACGGGAACACAAGAUCAGACUAUGCUUCAGAGAAGAAUGAAGUGUUUAUAGUUGAAGGAUUUUGUGAUUCGGAUCUUUUGCUCCUGUUUUGGACAAAAGAUUGUUGAUCUCGGAUUAUGUUUAUAUGGCUGGUGGUGAUACAAUCAGCUGGAGAUCAAGAUUACAAACUGUAGUGACUCUGUCAACGACUAAAGCAGAGUGUAUGGCGCUGGUAGGAGGUGUCAUAGAAGGAAUGUGGUUAAAAGUGGCUUGGUGUAAGAGCUUGGAUUCAAGCAAGACACGGUGGUGAUAUCGUGUGACUCUCAACGUUCAUUGUUUCCAGUAAAGAAUGUGGAUCGUGAGAAGACUAAGCACGUCAGUAGAAAGGUGUACUUCAUCAAGGAUAUCGCUCAAGGUGAUGCAAGUGUGUAGAAGUUAAAUACUUCAAGGGAUCCUGCUGAUAUUGUAACCAAGGUGGUUCCUGAGUUUGAGGAAGCUGUUAAAUUUCUUGGGAUGGUCGAGAGCAUCGACUUCAUCUGGUAAAGCACGAGUUUGCUUAACCUAAGUAGUGGAUCAUGUUUGAUGUCAUCAAGGUGGAGUUUGUUGGGAUUCGAGACUACUUCAGAGACUACCUCAAGAACUACGUCAGCGAAUACUUCAGGGACUUCGUCAGUUUUUGGUGAUGGAAAUCAAACAAGAUCGCAUAACUUAAACCAAGACAAGGACGUCAUAUUAGGAAAAGGAAAUAUCACUUUAUUCAAGGUGAUAGGUUCCUGGAAAUAUUACUUCUCAUGGAGUUAUGGAAGUUGCAAGUAUUUUGGAAUAUUUCCUAAUAGGUUUAUGGAAAUGGGUGAAUGCCCUAAUCCAACUAGGUUAAUGUAAUAAACUCCUACUAUAUAAGAGGAGCUCGUGUGUACUCUUCUCUUAAGAACAUUGGCAUGGUCCAAUAGGUCCAGACGUGACCAAGCAAGCCGGCUUGUGGCUUGUGUGAGAGAGAGAGGUGCUAUGUCUUUGUACUUAAGAUUAUAGUGAAUUGCCUCAUUGCCAGGCCCCAGGGACGUAACCACGUUUAGGUGAACCCUGGGAUAUCAAAUUCUUGUGUCUAUCUUCUAUAAUUCCGUGUUCUUCUUCUGUUCUCCAUAGAUCUACAAACUCAUACUUUCUAACGUACUACGACAAGUGCAUCAGAGAGUGCUUCAGCGAGUUUGUGUGGUGAGUUUUCCCAACAAGUUACGUGAUUGCCUUUCGCGGCACGAUGCUGAAAUUCAAAACUUGGCGUAAGGAUUUGGAAGAAGACCUUCGAUGCUUGUUCAACAACCUUAGCAACGGAACUAGGUUCAAACAUGCCAUACAAACAAUCGAAACUGUGCUGGAGAAACACAGUACCAAGAAAACUUCUGUCUGGCUCACUGGACACUCUCUCGGAGCAGGUAUAGCGUUGUUGGCUGGGAAGACCAUGACGAAACGUGGAUUCCCUCUCGAGACUUACGUAUUCAGCCCGCCCAUCUCGUCUAUUCCUCUAGAGAGACUAUCUGGUCUUGAUGUGGUUAAAGACAUCUUUCGAUUCGCCGAGUGUAUCUUCAAAGUGACCUUAUCCGUGCUCUUUGAUCUCAAGACUAAAGCAGACGAUUCAAGAAUAGCAAAGUGGAUACCUUACGUAUAUGUGAACCCAUCAGAUAUAGUCUGUGCAGAAUACAUUGGUCUUUUGAAACACAAAAACGUCAUGGCUGAUUUCGGAUUAAGCGAAUUUGAGAUUCUUGGUGCUGGAGUCUCUAUAAGGAGUCUUGUUUUCGGAGAUGAAAUAGGAGAACCUAUUCAACUUCUUUCGUCAGCCGAUAUGACAGUAAACAAGAAUAAACCUAAUGUUGAGACAAAUAAUAUGCUUAAGAAAUGGUGGUAUAAGUUUAAGAAGGCUCAUGCUCUUGCUCAAUGGUGGGAUCCAAACCCAGAUCUUCGGGCAAAUUGGGAAACCCACAGCAUUAGGCCAUCUAUACCAUGUCUGGAUAUGGAGCCAACAUCCUCCUCUUGACCCCUUUUCUAAGGAUUUUCCUUAGUAUAUGCUUGGGAACCAUCUAUCAUCCAUCUACCCUUGUUCGGUUUCUUCAACUUUUCCUUUUGUUGUUGUUUUCCAUGUGUUUGAAACGCUUGUUACGUUGUAAAAGCUCUUUAAAAUAUUUUAUUUGUGGGUCAAA